AUGGGGCCUGGUCCAGCUGAAGGCACCGUGCCCAGACCUGGCGUCUCAGAAAAUGCUGCUCUCCGUCCCGCAGUUGCCCUGGAGCCAGCAGACCAGGAGGGCACGGUGUGCACCAAGGCUCCAGGACCCUCCAUGUGGGACCGUGCUGGCCCCAGCCCUGGCCCCGGGGGGCCACCCAAACUCCAGGACGCUGGCCCCCAGCUCCCAGGCAUGGAGGAUGCAGAUGCACCUGUUGAGCCCCAGAGAGUGCCACAGCCUCUCCCCCAGGAGCAGGACUCAGGGGCCCAUGCCGAGGGCCAGGGACGCAUCGUGCCCAUCCGGAUGGAGGGCACAGCCCGGCCGGGGGCAGGCACAGUGGAGCUAUGGGACGUCCACAGCGAGGUGUUCACGGAGACCACCCAUAGGACAUACGUGUACCAGGCCAGCGACACAGCUGCCAGAAGGCCCCCGUCCAUGCAGGUCACCAUCGAAGAUGUGCAGGCACAGAGGGGGAGCACAGCCCAGUUCCAGGCGGUCAUUGAGGGCAACCCGCAGCCCAUGGUGACCUGGUACCGGGACGAUGCCCAGCUGGUGGAUGGUGCCCGGCUCAGCCAGCAGCAGGAGGGGACCACCUACUCCCUGGUGCUGAGGGAUGUGACCCAGCACGACGCUGGUGUCUACACGUGCCUGGCCCGCAACGCUGGCGGCCAGGUGCUGUGUAAAGCGGAGCUGGUAGUCCACGGGGGAGACAGCGAGCCGGGCUCAGCGAAGCAAAGCUAUCGAAGGAAACUGCGCUCCUUCUACGAGGUCAAGGAGGAAAUUGGAAGGGGCGUGUUUGGCUUCGUGAAGAGGGUGCAGCACAAGGGGAACCAGAUGUCCUGCGCAGCCAAGUUCAUUCCCCGGCGGAGCAGGACGUGCGCCCACGCGCACCGCGAGCGGGACAUCCUGGCCACGCUGAGCCACCCGCUGGUCACCCGGCUGCUGGACCAGUUUGAGACGCGGAAGACCCUGAUCCUCGUCGUGGAGCUGUGCUCGUCAGAGGACCUGCUGGACCGUCUGUUCAGGAAGGGUGUGAUGACAGAAACCGAGGUCAAGGUGUAUGUCCAGCAGCUGGUGGAGGGGCUUCAUUACCUGCACAGCCACAGCAUUCUCCACCUGGACAUAAAGCCCCCCAACAUCCUGAUGGUGCAUCCUGCUCUAGAAGACAUUAAAAUCUGCGACUUCGGCUUUGCCCAAAAAAUCUCCCCAGGAGAGCCACAGUAUAGCAAGUAUGGCUCCCCGGAGUUUGUGUCCCCGGAGAUCGUCGAGCAGAACCCUGUCAGCGAAGCCUCUGAUGUCUGGGCCAUGGGGGUCAUCUCCUACCUCAGCCUGACCUGCUCGUCACCGUUCGCUGGUGAGAGUGACCGAGCCACGCUCCUGAACGUACUGGAGGGGCGGGUGUCCUGGAGCAGCCCUGCGGCUGCCCACCUCAGUAAGGAUGCCCAGGACUUCAUCAAGGCUGCCCUGCAGAGGGCCCCAGAUGCCCGGCCCAGUGCAGCCGAGUGCCUCGCCCACCCCUGGUUCCAGAAGUCCGUGCCUGCGGAGGAGGCCCACUUCAUCAACACCAAGCAACUCAAGUUCCUGCUGGCUCACAGCCGUUGGCAGCGCUCCCUGAUGAGCUACAAGUCCAUCCUGGUGAUGCGCUCCAUCCCCGAGCUGCUCCAGGGCCCGCCCGACAGCCCAUCCCUCGGGGUGGCCCGGCACCUGCGCGGCGACGCCAGCAGCUCGUCGUCCUCGUCCUCCGACAGCGAGCCGGCGCCUUUCGCCCGGGCCAAAUCGCUGCCGCCCUCCCCGGGGGCCCACUCCCCGCUGCUGCACCCUCGGGGCUUCCUGCGGCCGUCCGCCAGCCUGCCGGAGGAGACCGCGCCUCCGCCCACGCCGGGCCCCCGCGCGGAGGCGCGCGCCACCCGGGGCUGCGUCCCGCGGGACAGCGUCCUCCGCAGUCUCUUGUACCAGCAGGCGGGCGAGGGCCCGGAGCGCGGAGGCCCCGCCGCGGGCGGCCGGCGGCACCUGCUCUCGGGCGGCUACUUCGCCCGCGCCCUGCCCGGCCUGCGAGAGCCGCUGCUGGAGCACCGCGCGCGGGAGGAGGAGGCCGCGCUCACGGCCAGAGCGCCCUGCCUCGAGGCCGCCCUGCGGCUGCCGGACUGCAGCGCCCGCGGGGCCCCCGGCCGCGGCCGCUCCCUGGAGCUCGGCCGGCCGCCCCCCGCCGGCUCGGCGCCUGAGGCCGGUGGCGGAGCGCAGUGCCCUGGCCCGGCCCGCUCGGACCUCCAGGCGGACGCAGGGGAGAGCUGGCCGGGAGGGCUCUCGCGUGCCAGGGACACGGAGCGUCCGGAGGGAUCCCGGCAGGAGCCGGGACUAUUUCCGUGCGCCGGUGGCGACCCGGGGUCCGCUGGGCAAGAGGGGUCAUCGCAGGACAGCCGCGGGGGGCAGGCCGCGCCUUCCCUUCAUCCCCAGAGGAGACCUGCUCUGCCGGAAGGCUGGGGCCCCCCUCAGGCUGUUACACCACAACCUUCUGGCUCCUUCCCUGCAAAGCCGGGCGCGGGGUCCCUCCUGGCGCCCUUGAGCUCCUUUCUCUCUCCGGCCGAAGGAAGCCCCCAGCCAGGCUCUAAGAAGGGACCAGAGGGCACCCCUCUCCCUGGGAGGCCGAGUCCCCCCAGCUCCCCAGGGCUGGCCUCCCCAGUGGGCGCGGAGCCUGGCCCCUCCCGGGCCGCGGAGCGGGAAGACGCAUCAGAGCCUGAGCCCAGCCCGCAGCGCCCUCAGGAGCAGGCCACCACGCGCAAGUUCUCACUGGGGGCGCGCUGUGGGGGCUUCGCGGGAGUGGCGGGCUACGGCACCUUUGCCUUUGGCGGGGACGCGGGGGGCAUGCUGGGGCAGGGUCCUCUGUGGGCCAGGAUGGCCUGGGCCACCUCUCAGUCCUCCGAGGAGCGUGAUGAUGCUGGGGCCCAGAGCCCACCCCCCCAGGCUAGCGCAGAACCCCUUCCCGAGGGCAGUGGGGCACCCCCACGGGCCUCCCCAGAGCUGAGCUCGUGGGAGGACUUUGGUGGGGGCUCCCAGGUGUCCCUGGUGCAGAUCCGAGACCUGUCUGGGGACGCAGAAGCAGCCGACACCGUGUCCCUGGACAUCUCAGAGGUGGAGCCUGCCUACCUCAACUUGUCUGACCUGUAUGACAUCAAGUAUCUCCCGUUCGAGUUCAUGAUUUUCAGGAAGGUCCCCAGGCCACCAGAGCCACCGUCGUCCCCCGAGUCUGAAGCCGAGGGGCCCUGGCCGGGUGCGCCGGGCCCGCCGGCCAGGUUGCAGAUCACGGAGGAGCCGGAGGACAUGGACACUCUGCUAAGGGAGGCCCCCCACAGCAGGAAGCGCAAGUGGUCGCCCCCCUCCAGCGGCCUCUUCCACUUCCCAGGAAGGCACGCCCUACUGGAGGAGCCCGUGGAGCUGGGACUGCGCCGGAGGGUGAGGGCCUCCGUGGCCCACAUCUCCCGCCUCCUCAGGGGCCGGCCUGGAGGUCUGGAGAAAGAGAGCCCCCCCAGGAAGAAGGCAGGCCUGGCUUCCUUCCGAUUGGGCCUGAAGAGCAGGGACCGAGCGCCAUCAUUUCUAAGGGAGCUCUCCGAUGAAACGGUGGUCCUGGGCCAGUCCGUGACUCUUGCCUGCCAGGUGUUGGCCCAGCCAGCUGCACAGGCCACCUGGACCAAAGACGGGGCUCCCCUGGAGGGCACCAGCCGCCUCCUCAUCUCCUCCACGCUCAAGAACUUCCAGCUUCUGACCAUCCUGGUGACGACUGCUGAGGACCUGGGGGUGUACACGUGCAGCGUGAGCAACCCUCUGGGGAUGGUGGCCACCACGGCUGUCCUCCGGAAGGCAGAGCGCCCCUGCUCUUCCCCGCGCCCUGCCAUUGGGGAGGUGUAUGCUGACGGGGUGCUGCUGGUCUGGAAGCCCGUGGAGUCCUAUGGCCCUGUGACGUACAUCGUGCAAAGCAGCCUGGAAGGUGGUACCUGGAGUACGCUGGCUUCCGACAUCUUCGACUGCUGCUACCUCGCCAGCAAGCUUUCCAGGGGCGGGCUGUACGCUUUCCGGACGGCCUGUGUCAGCAAGGCGGGCAUGGGUCCCUACAGCAGCCCCUCAGAGGAGGUCCUCCUGGGAGGGCCCAGCCACCUGGCCUCCGAGGAAGAAAGCGGCACCCCGCGGCCCGCCCGGCCCCUCCCCAGCGCGCAGACCUUCGCAUUCCAGGCGCAGAUUCGAAGGGGCCGCUUCAGCGUGGUGCGGCAGUGCCGGGAGAAGGCUAGCGGACGCGCGUUGGCCGCGAAGAUCGUCCCCUACCGCCCCGAGGACAAGGCUGCCGUGCUGCGCGAAUACGAAGCCCUCAAGAGCCUGCGCCACCCGCACCUGGCCCAGCUACAGGCCGCCUACCUCAGCCCCCGGCACCUGGUCCUCAUCUUGGAGCUGUGCUCGGGACCCGAGCUGUUCCCCUGCCUGGCGGAGAGGGCUUCCUACUCGGAGUCGGAGGUGAAGGACUACCUGUGGCAGAUGUUGAGCGCCGCCCAGUACCUGCACGCCCAAGGCAUUCUGCAUCUGGACCUCAGGUCGGAGAACAUGAUCGUCACCGAGUACAACUUACUCAAGGUCGUCGACCUGGGCAGCGCCCAGAGCCUCGCCCAGGAGAGGGUCCUGCCCUCCGAGAGGUUCAAGGACUACUUGGAGACCAUGGCUCCCGAGCUCCUGGAGGGCCAGGGUGCCGUCCCGCAGACCGACAUCUGGGCCAUAGGCGUGACAGCUUUCAUCAUGCUGAGCGCGGAGUACCCCGUGAGCAGUGAAGGGACGCGCGAGCUGCUGAAAAGCCUGCGCAAGGGGCUAGUCCGUUUGAGUCGCUGCUACGCGGGGCUGUCCGGCGGCGCCGUGGCUUUUCUCCGGAGCACUUUGUGCGCUCACCCAUGGGGCCGGCCGUGCGCGUCCAGCUGCUUGCAGUGCCCGUGGCUAACGGAGGAGGGCCCUGCUGGCUCCCAGCCCGCGGCCGUGACCUUCCCCACAGCGCGACUGCGCACCUUCGUGCGCGAGCGAGAGAAGAGGCGGGCGCUGCUGUACAAGAAACAUAACUUGGCCCAGGUGCGCUGAGCACUUGGCCUGGAAGAGAGGAUGUGUGUGGGGCGGGGCGGGGAGUGGUCGACCUGCUGGGCUUCACCCCCUACUCUUCCCCUAGGACUUGCUGUAUAUGCACACACACGCCAAUAAAAAGCAGAAACGGA